CGAGUAUUGUUGCUGUUGGUGUUGUGGUCUGUGUCUUCCUCGUCCACCGAUUUCGCUACAGUAAUAGAUUUGUUGAUGAUUCAUUUUGGUCAUCCGCUCUUCGCGUUAGCUGGUGUCUUUCACUAGCGUAGGGAAGUUGAAUAAAAAGAUGCGUAAAUUUUCACUGCUAUAAUUUCUGAAUACUACCCGACGCAUAGAGAGAACAUAGAGCAGAACGUCCAAAUUCUCUCCUUUGAACAUCCUUCAGUCAUCCUUCUAGAUGAAAAAUUAAGUAAACGACUCACGCCCCCCUUCCUGAAGUAAUAAAGCUAGUCGUAUUUGGUUUAACAAAUCGUAUAUAUAAAGUAAAGAGUCUGGUGUUGAGCCAAUAUCCUUCACUUGUUGUCUCUUCACUCCAGCUGCGAUAAAAUGCCGUCCUCUACAUCCAGCGACGUGAUCACUGUUCACGGAAUCAAGAAUUGCGAUACUGUGAAAAAAGCACUGAAAUGGCUGGAUGAGAAACAUGUACUACUGCUUUCUUUUAUUUCGUCCUCUUUCGCAUUCCAUUCUUUUGGAGAUGAUACAACUUCGACAUCACUUAUGUGACGUCGACGAAUGCACAAUAGAGGUUGCUGUUUAACUCCCAACAUGCUGCACCCAAAAUAGCCUGUCCGUUAUUUCCGACUCUCCUCACUUCAGAUCAAAUACGAGUUUCGGGAUUACAAGAAAAGCGGAGCAGACGCCGCGGUUUUGGAAACUGCUUGUAGGAAAUUUGGGUGGGAGAAGGUGGUAAACCGUCAAGGAAUGACGUGGCGAAAACUAUCAGAAGCAGAUAAAUCCGCCAUCACAGAUGACGAAUCGGCAAUCACUUUAAUGCACUCCAACACCUCUGUCAUUAAACGUCCAAUUAUCACAAAAAGUAAUGAUCUCCAAAGUAAAAAUAUUCUUCUAGGGUUCGAUACCAAAGAGUACGAAUCCUAUUUCAAAAAGGAGAAAAUCUAGAUAUUUUCCCUAAUCCUACUUCUUACUCCCUAAUCCUAAUUACUACUUGAAUAAGUACCUUUUUUCGCGACGACCGUUCAGGUAUACCUCUAUUGAAUCAACUUGUGACUGUACAUUACUAAACCAGUGCCAUCAACGUUCUCGCUAUAAUCUAGUCCAUCUAAUUUGUAUUUGUAAUCACUUGACGUAAUCACAAAUAUUUCAGAAUCAAUGGACUGACCUCUAACUGUUAAACAGUUGCGAGGCAGCCUCAUCGCAGAGGUGUUUGCUUGUACUUCAUAGUACGUAGUUGCGUUCGUUCUCCUUAUUAUUUCUGUUUGCCAUUCAACAGACGUGUGUUUUUCUAAGAUUCUUUCUUCGAUUUCUAUCAAAAUUCUUAUGAUUCCUUCUGUUGUCAACGGUCAAUCAAUGGGUUUUAGUUUUUGUUAUAUAACAAUUUCAACAAAUUAAUAGGUACCUGUGCAAGUCUAAGGGUAAGGCUUCUCAUAUUGUGGUGAAUCUUCUGAGACAUUAAGCAAGUGGUCGCAUACCAUUAUCGUAUUUGAACGACAAGGGAGUAUCUAUUAGUACUUUGCUGACAAGAAGUGAAAAAGGUGACAAUCAACAUGAUCAAGGAAACGACUCGUAUGUCCCGGGACAAAAUUGGUCACGGCUGGGCUGUCGCCGAAUGGAUGAAUUUGCCAAGACCUGCGAGCGAGCGAGAGCAGACAGGUGGC